AUGUUGUACUAUCUGCGUUUCGACUCCAAAAAGACUAUUAGAGAACUAUUUACGCCCAAUUACAAACUGCCUGGCAAUAGCCGGCGUGUUACUUAUAAAGUAGAAUUACUACGACCUAUUUGUGAUAUAUGGAUUAGUUUGCAAACUCCGGUUUUAGACAUCCUGUCAACUGUAUCUCUACUCAGCGUAUUUCAACUGAAUAGCAAAAUUGUGAUUAUAUUAAUUCUUAAACAACGACCAGUAGUUGUGGGGGAUUCAGUCAAGACAUGCGAAUGGGAUCUGCAUGUUUUUGCAAUGAACAAUAACAGUGAAAUCUACUUUUCUGAAAAUCAAUUUGACAUUAGUAAGGAGUUGUUCUGUAACGGCGAGUUUGGACAUGGCCUGGAUCAGUCAACUGUUCAUGAGUUGCAACUAUUGGAUAUUUCCAUAGUUAAUACUCUUGAGCAGUUGGCUGGUACAGCCAUGCCUGCUCUGCCCGUUGCAGACAACUCCUGUACCGCAACAUUGCCUACAGCAACAAAAUCGUCUUCUGUAGCAUCAGCAGAUACAACAACAACAACGGUAGCAGUAGUUACCCGUAAAACGAACAAAAGAAAAGCAUCUUGUUCUGUUUCCUCGGAAACCAAACAGAAAAAAAAACAAAAAAAAGAAUUUGCUUGUCCUUUUUGCGACUUCUCGUGUAAUCGCAAAUACAAUUUGCAAACCCAUAUGAUAUUACACAAUCCUCAUCGUGUAAAAAAACAUCAAUGUGCCGAUUGUGAUCGCGGUUUCGACCGAAAAGCAGAUCUUAAGCGACAUAAUACCAAUGUCCAUAAAAAAUAA